AUGGCGACGACGACUUCGCUCCUCGCGCGUCCGCUCUCCAUCGCUCCCGCGUAUCGCGCGCGUCGUCGCGUGCACGCGGCAUCGCGCUCCAUCGACCGUUACGACGCGUCGACCAAACAAGUCGUCGUCGCUCGAGCUGGGCCGCGCUCGAGCUCGAGCUCGGAGGUUCGUGCGUCGAAGUAUGAGCGCAGUGGCCGAACGCGUUCGAUUACGCGCUCGGAGCGGGAAACGGUACGACGACGGGAGAGAACGAUCACGCGCGCUUCGUCGAGCGCUGGAUUCGCGGGGACGCCACCGAAUCGGGCUCCGAACCCGGCGGCGCUCGUGGAGAAGUUCACGUCGGGGAUCAAAGACAGACUCGAGAGCGAUCCAAACUUUUUGUUCAAGCUGGGCGCGGAGAUCGUGAUCGACUUUUGCAUCACGAUGGUGGUGAACCUGUCAGUUCGGGGGAACCCGUCGACGUGGGCACUUGCGGCGACGCUUGCGGUGAUGUGUCAGUGUAUCACGGCGAUAAUAAACGACACGCUGCUGGUGUACUUCUUGGCUCCGAGGAAGGGCGAAGUCGGAAAGGCGGAAGAAAUCGCGAAUGUGUUCGCCAAGGGAGACUACUCACUUGCGCAGCGCUUCGGCUGCUACCUGAAAAAGGGUAAAUUUUACGCCACCAUCGGUUCCAUCUCCAUGGUCGUCUCCAUGUAUUUAGCGUUGGUUUUAGCGGGUAACGCCAGUGGGUUUACACGAGAGGUGUUCUUCCGUUCCAUCGCGUGCGGUGCGCUCCACAUGGGGAUCAGCUCGAACACUCGAUACCAGCUCGUGAACGGUAUCGAGCGCAUGGCUUACGAUAUCCUUCCCACGAACGUCGCGAAGGCCACCUCAGUGUCCGUGCGCAUGGGCAACAACUUCUUAGGAGCGAGACUCUGGAUGGUAGUAGCGACGAUGACAGGAAUUAGUUGA